AUGGAAGUCUUGCCAGUUCUCAACCUAAAUGGUCGCAGCGGCUUGUGCCGCAAGGUGGCUUAUGGUCUUCCAAGGAUAGACAGAAAACUGAGGCUGCAAUUCCGUUGUGACAGCGUAGUAAUCUCAUCUGCGACUGGGAACAAAGCAAGAACCAUGGGGGAGAAGACUCUCUACAAUGAUAACUGGUUUGACCGCCUCGCUAUCGGCCAUCUCUCUCGGAGCCUCGAGUCCGUCACAGGUUCAUGUUGUUCCGCCAUUCUGCCAUGAGUUUUUCCUCGAGUUUGUCUGUUUAGAUGGAAGAUAGGCUCUUCGGAGCCAUAUUUGCACCUUACAAAAACCAUGCCUUUCGCUUUGUUACCAUCACGCCGUUGUGAAGGGAAUAUUUAUUUACACGAUUCAUCGUUGUCCUUCCCCUGUGAACCUGUUGGAUGCUAGACACGGCAUUAGUGCAAUUCUCGCAUCUCGUAGGUUUCAGGAGCACGAUGAAAGGCUACGACGGACUCAUCGAAAGCGCUAGUAUGGUUGCCAGGAAGUACGAUAAAAAAAAGCAGCGAGAAGUCGUGAUCGAGUCUCUCAACAAGGCCUUUCCAAGACCCAUAAUAACACUGGCAAGUUCCAUUGCACACUAGUGUUUUUCUUCUGCGAAUUCAAGCUUCUUUCCUUGUCGCCAUAGAUACCUGGAGAGAUCCUAGUUCCUUCAAAAUGAUGUAGAUUAAAAUCGACGUUUUCUAAGAAAUAUUGGAUACAUGCGUUAGGUCAUCCUGGUUGAAGACAGAUAGGUAUGCAUAUAUGACAUAAAUGUUGUGGACUUAUUUAGAUACUGACUCACAUAUCCUCAUACUGCAGAUCAGAACGCUGCUGCCGCAUUCCAAGUUUACACGGGAAUGCUUUGCCUUAUUCACCAUCAUAUUUUGCUCGUGGUUAAUUGGACCAUGCGAGGUGCAAAGCUUACUCAUACAAUAACUUUUUCAGGCGUCAAACUUGUCUUGUUUUAUUUCCCGUGAAAUUAAUUUCACACUCUUACUCACUUAGCAAAUGGAGAACGUUUCUGCCGAAUUCUACAAAUAAUUCCUGAAGAGAGAAAUAAAGGUUAAGCUUUCAUCAAUUGUGCGACAGGAAGAUGUCCUUAAUUGCCAUCGAUAUCUCUUAUGAAAGAUUCUUCUUAUUUAUCCUUUGAAAACGACAUUUAUGAUUGGUUCCACGCUUGAUCAUAGAUCUCAGAACGUAAACACGUGCUGUUCGAUGUGUAGAUACUCACACUUCUACAUUCAGUAUUUACCUGUAUGUUCAGAACAUUAUGUUGCGCACAAAACGCUGUAUAGAACAUUCUUCGGUCGAAACUCCCCAUCCCUGACUGUGGUCCGACACAAUAGAACCUUUUACGCCUUUAUUUUAAAACCCUCGUUUCAAUACCUGCACACUAGGCAGCUAGUAUAUCAUAGAAUAUUGAGUUUUUCUAUCACCAAAUUGAUUUUUGUGGCCUCAACAUUCACAAUCAGAACUGAUUUCCUUCACAAAGCCACUCUGCAGAAGUCAAGUUUGUAACGGAAUGUCUUGAAUCUGGAAUCAUAGAGAACACCAUUACUUCAAGAGCAUGGUUUCUUCUUUGAGUUAAUUUAACUAGAGAAACAAAAGUGUGGUUUUUCCGGUGCUUCAAACAUGAUAAGACAUAAUUAACAGUGUCAAUACAACUGGAUUUUGGAAUAUGAAUUCAAUAGAAGACCAGAAUGAACUUAAAUGAUUAAGUGCGCUUCUUUUUAGUUAGGAAUGAUUGCAACAUCGACAAAUUGAGCUCCAGCGCAUUUAGUGCGAUUGGAGACCCAUUCGGCCUUUACUCGGCCUGUCAAUCCCUACUCCGGACAACGGAUAUAAUAAAAUAGUUUUAGUAAACAAUGGACUCAAUUUGAACUCACCUUUCGUUAUAAUAUUAGAAUGCAGAAUCUUUUGGGCAUUACAUGGUCUUCUAAAUGAAGCAUGCUAUUGUCUCUCUAUAAUCCAUAAGUAAUAACUGUUGCGCUGUAGCUCCAGGUUCAGUGUGGGUAAGCAGGCGAUUUUUAUGCUAGGAUUAAACACCAUGAAAUAAAACAUGGGCAAUAGGUAAUAACAACCAUAGAAACAGGAAAGUGAUGAAAAACGGAUAGAGCUACUAUCUAGAAUCUUACACUUGAUAAUUAUUAUACAUGGUUAAUUAUUAAUGAUCAUGGAAUUGUAGAAAAAUCUAUAAAUUACACAAUGAUUUACAUACGAUGAGAUGUAUAAAUUGAUCAUCAUAUAGGACAUUUUCAUUGCUUUCUAUGCGAAUCUUUACCUUUACUAUAGUCCACAAGUUUUUUACUUUGAGCUAAACCUUUGUAUGUUCAAUGCUCAAGGUUAAGGAAUCAUCUGUAGAUGGACGGAAAGAGAAGAAUGUGGUUCAUAUACAAAAAUGCAGGUACGUGUAACCGUUGUCCAACCAUUGUUGAAGCUACUUCCAUAGUCAAUAUAAUGUAUAAGAAAUUAAUCUUAGGUUCAUCAUUUCUAAGUUCAAAUCUUCUUACAAAUGGAUACUUUUCCCUUAGAUUCUUGGAGGGUACCAAUUGCGUUGGGAUGUGUUUAAACCUGUGCAAGAUACCAUCACAAACGUAUAUCAAUGAUUCACUUGGAGUUCCGGUCUACAUGAUACCAAGUAAAUUUCACUAUCAAUGUCUUACUCAGAUUAAAUCAAUUGGUUUCACAAAAUUUUAUCUUUAAUAGUUUUAAUCAUAACGCUCUAAAUCUAUAUUUCCUUUAACAUAAAGAGACUUUGCAUUGAUAUCAUUCAAAUUUUAGAGUCCAAUAUGGAUCAUAAUGUGCUUAGUUCUUUUCCAAGAAUGUCUAUUCCUUGUCUAAAUGAAAAUACUUUAAGUGAUCUAACAAUUAUUAAUGAACAAAUUUAUUUUCCUAUUCAAUUAUUUUUCCCUCUAAAGAGAGGAAAUUUAGUCCAUGUAGUGAAUACUCUAUCAAUUUUUUUUAAUUUUUAAACUUAGUCAUUUAUGAUAACUAAUUUGAUUACAAAAUAAAUACUCAGACUUUGAAGAUAUGAGUUGUGAGAUGGUGUAUGGUCAACAGCCUCCUCAAGAAAUUGAAGACCCAACAUUAAACCAACAAUGUUAUCACUCACUAUGUACGGGUGAAUUAUUAUUUUCACAUUUAUUAUAUUGGAAGUCUUGCCUCUUUCAUCCUGAUAAUCUUUUGAAUUACAAACAGGUAAAGUCAAGGAUUCGUAUGAUAUUGACUGUUGUAGCCCAUGA